GCUGUGGAAAGAGUCAUUCCUCUCGCUGGCGCUCUCCUGCGCUCUCCAUCUCAGUCCUUAUCCCGCCACUGCCUGCGCGUCUCUCUUACUCUCUCUCUCUCUCUCUGUCUCUCUUUUUCUCUGCCCCCUGCCUCCUUCCCUGCCCUCAGCACACAUGCACUCUCCUACAAUCAGAGACGCAGUCUUCUUGCCACACAUCUAGACAUAAACACAUACACAACACACAUGUCCCCUCCCACAUGCACGCAGCCACUCAGUCCAUCAGAGUCCAACAUACCUGUGCAGGCUGGGGGAAGCGCUGCUGGAGGGGGUUUUCGGCAGCAACGUCUCUGAGGGUGCUCCGCUGUCAUUUGGGGGAAGAAGCGGCUCUCAAUUGUUUCCUCUUUCCUCUUCCUCUCAUUCCUGGAAUGCUAAAACUGGACUGAUGGACAUUUCAGAACUUUGUCUCCCAGACCCUAUCAGCUAUCAUAACCAGGCUUUGUUGUCCAAUUCAUUAGAGAGAUUCCUGAGUCCACUGGCCACGCUGGAGCCUUCUCAUUUCUGGCUGCUGAAUAGAAUGGCCGCUGAUGAUCGGCACCUACCCUCCAGCUGCGGGUCCUACAUUAAAACGGAGCCAUCCAGUCCAUCCUCGGUCAUCGACACGGUCAGCCACCAUAGUCCCAGCGGCAACUCUGAUGCUAGCGGGGGCUAUGUCAGCACCAUGAACAGCCACUCCAACGGCCUGGACUCUCCGCCUAUGUUCACCCCCGGUGGGCUAGGAGCCGGCGCCUGCCGCAAGCGCUAUGACGACUGCUCCAGCACCAUCAUGGAGGAUUCAUCCAUAAAGUGCGAAUACAUGUUGAACUCCCUCCCCAAGAGGCUGUGCCUGGUCUGUGGAGAUAUCGCUUCGGGGUACCACUACGGUGUGGCCUCUUGUGAGGCCUGCAAAGCCUUUUUUAAAAGGACAAUACAAGGCAACAUUGAAUACAGCUGUCCCGCCACAAAUGAGUGUGAGAUCACAAAACGGAGACGCAAAUCAUGUCAGGCUUGUCGCUUCAUGAAAUGCCUCAAAGUGGGGAUGCUGAAAGAAGGUAAGAAGAGGGUACGCUUGGACCGAGUUCGAGGGGGCAGACAAAAGUACAAGAGGAGGUUGGACACUGAAAACAACCCAUACCUGGGUUUGGCGCUCCCCCCUCCUACCAAAAAGCCCCGUGAGUACAGCCCCGUCACUAGCCCAUUGUCUCCCAUCUCCGUCGCGCCUCCUCUGCCGGGCAAGCAUUCAGUCACAAAGAUAGUAUCUCACCUUUUGGUGGCAGAGCCAGAGAAAAUCUACGCCAUGCCUGACCCCACCAUGCCGGAGAGCGACAUCAAGGCUCUUACCACACUGUGCGACCUGGCUGAUCGCGAGCUGGUCGUCAUCAUCGGCUGGGCCAAGCACAUCCCAGGAUUUUCCACCUUGUCUCUGGGAGACCAGAUGAGUCUGCUGCAGAGCGCCUGGAUGGAGAUCCUCAUCCUGAGCAUCGUGUUCCGCUCUCUGCCCUACGAAGACGAGCUGGUAUACGCCGAGGACUAUAUCAUGGACGAGGAGCACUCGCGGCUGACGGGCCUGCUCGACCUCUACGUGUCCAUCCUGCAGCUGGUCCGCAAAUGCAAGAAGCUCAAAGUGGAGAAGGAGGAGUUUGUCACACUCAAGGCCAUCGCUCUCGCCAACUCAGACUCCAUGCACAUAGAGGAUAUGGAGGCGGUCCAGAAGCUGCAGGACGCUCUGCACGAGGCCCUGCAGGACUACGAGAGCAGCCAGCACCCGGAGGACCCGCGGCGGGCGGGAAAACUGCUCAUGACCCUGCCCUUGCUGCGGCAGACGGCCACCAAGGCCGUGCAGCACUUUUAUAGCAUCAAGGUGCAGGGCAAGGUGCCCAUGCACAAACUGUUCCUGGAGAUGCUGGAGGCCAAGGUCUGAUUCUUGGAGCUGCUUUAGUGCUGUACCGUGAGACUUUUUGGAAGCAAGAUUUAGAGGGUGCUCGCAAGGGGGGAGGGGAGGCGGGGGUAGUGGAGGGGAGACCUCAGCUAGGCGAGGCAGCACUCGGACUGACCUCACUCCUUCUGCAACACUCGGACGCCAUGUUAAAAAAAAACAAAACAAAGAAAAAACAGAAACAAACUUGGGUAUUAAUAUAAAUAUAAGAAUGAUGAAGAUUCAUGUAAAAUAUAUAUACAAAGUACUGUGUACAGUAACGAGUUCUUUUGUUAAUUGUUGAUGGUCAUGCUCCCAGGUCUCCCUCAGCAUCUUCAGAAUAAGUCGAUGCCAGUAACAAGAAAAGUCUUUCGUUCAUUGAAUUUAUUCUCAAGACGACAGAGGUGUGAACAACGCCAACACUUUCAACAGUGUGUUUCUGUCUGGGACGUGUAUAUGUUUAUUACUGGAAGACUGGGUGUACAGUUUAAAGUCUGUUGAUAUUGAUGGCCAUUUUCUCUCGUCCGUCCCGUCCCCCAAACCUCCUGUACGCAGGGAGGGGAGGGAAAAAAAAAAAGAGCUGCUUAAAUGUGAACUGUUAACUGCUCAAACGUCCUCGGACAUACAGUACGGUACCUCUCGAGAGCAGUGUGAUCUGAUCCGUCUCACAGUGGAAGGCUUGUUUAACCAAACUUGCAAUAGGCAGUUACACUAGUCGGUAGUCUUCUUCUGUAGUUCAGCAAUAAAUGACGGUGUGGGAAUGUCAGGCUCAACCUUCAUCUUUCAUGCGCGACGUUUAAUGCUGCUGUUGCCACAAGGCCGUGCCUGCUUGCUCGCUCAGUUCCAUCGCACGUAUACACACACACACACAAACACACACACACAAUGUUUCUCUUCUCUCUUGUACCGUACCUCGCGUAAGCCAUCGAGCCCCAAACGUGUCCUUUUUAAGCCUGUGGAAAUGGGCCGAGCCAAGCGGAGGUUAUAGGUGAAAGCCGAUCAUCACUAUCAAAGGCUUUCUACGGAGUGGCGCGAGUCCAGGAGAUUCCAUGUUCAAACAAUCAGAGGCCCAUAUGUCAAAGCGCUCUAUUUUGGAACCCUUUAAGCCGGCGGCGGAGUCAUCCCAUACGCUAGGAGCAAGGUGGCCAGCAUCUGCUCUCACCAUCUUAGACACCUUCUGUCUUUAAAUAGCUGUGUCGGCAUUUAUAUAGCCUGGAGCAGACCAAGGUAAAUGGCAGGUGCACAGGCGCUUCACAACGGGUUUAUAUUUAACCCUGCGGGAGGUUGUUGUCUGUGUGGCGGCGGGCACGUGGACCACAUUUUGACCAUCAUGUUGACAUGCUGGGCAGUGGCGGGGCCAGAAAGUUUUCAGUGGGAUGGCCAGGGUGAGACCAUGACUAACAUAGGGGUGGCAGUAAGUUGAUACGUGCACACCCACCAGAAUGUCACACUCUGCUUGCACCUUCCACAACUUACAUGUUGCCAGGUCAACCUUGCCACGCAGCGAAUAUGGCUGAAAAGUCAUUGUUUUAGCAUACACUAGACAGUCAUGUCAUAAAAAUACACACACGCCAAACUUGCCCCACACACUUAUAAAUACGAGAAUGAAGAGAGCCAACUUAAAAAUCACCGUUCAGCUCAGAUUGAAUUACUAAGCGAUUCCUUUUUUCUUUGCCACUUGUUACUUUUUCUCAUGUACCAAUUUGCCAUCCAGCAGCUCAUUUGAGUACUCAAUUAUCGCGACGGUCGACACCAUUUUGCAUCUUGAAUCGUGCAAAAACUGCCCACCAAUGGAUGGCUCGUUCAUUCAAGUCAUAUCUAAGAAGUACAAUGUACUUAGUAAGUACUUGGAAAAAAUCCUAACAACAAAGUCUUAAUUCUUCACAUGCACAAAGACAGAAUUGAUCUCCGAAUCGCUUAUCCUGAUAAACUUAACUGAGUAGAAAUUGCUCAAGAAUUUGCAAACAGAAAUAAUGUAUGACCUGGCAACCUAUAAACUGUGAUAUGUACCGCCAUCCGUUUAAACGAACGGUCCAUCCAACCACGUGCGAAAUGUGAUUUCAACCACAGUCAGUCCAGGCAGCUCUGCUCUCACUGUUCUGCUCCUCCAGAAACUUGUGUGCUGAAGUGAAAUGUCUGGAACUACUGUUCUCGACCACAGAACCGCGUGGUACACAUGGCCAAAGAGCGCCACCUGUGGCCACCGCGUACAUUCACCGCCGACAGUGGCCGGUGCUGAACGAAACCAUCGCCCGCAGCAACUUGCUAUGCGAGCGGGAUGGCCGAGCUAUGCAAGAAACAAAAUGUCAGCACGCGCCAGAGGGUAACGGCGAGCCAACAAUGUGUCACGACAAGGUGUGAUCCCUGCUGGGAGAAAGAUCUUAGGCUCCCUUUAACUCCAUGUCCAUUACAUCGUCUGAGAGCUCCACUCCUGUUCGGUCCAGCUCACUUGUGAGACGUUCACGUUUAUAUUACUGAAAGCUUUUAUGUGGUGUGAGAAAUGGCGGUGCCGUCACGAAAAUAUGAUCCUUUGAUCAAAGUAGUUGAGACCAUCAUCGUCGUGUUCACGGUAGGAAUGGCCAGCACCUGCCUAGGUUUGGCAACGCCCCGGGGUCGAUCCUAUGAAGGCAAAGCGCUCUCUCUUUGCAAAUAAACCUCCCAGUUCUAUUGUGAUCUCACACUGGGUUCUAUUUUCAUCGAUGGCGGAAAUGCUCGCGUAUCCUGUUUUUUGUCAAUAUGGCCGACAGAAGCUGGUUGUUCUAGCGUAGAGAAGAUAUGCCCGGCGGAAUGACAAUUCGGUGGGACAAAUUCAAUCUGAAGUUCCGCCUUCCCAGACUACGUCUUAAAUCACCCGCGGUUAUCACCAGCUCAUUCUGUAGAUAAUGAGGCGAACCGCUUAUGUUGUCACAGCGGCCAAGAGCAAUGACAAUUUUGCCUCCAUGCAAGAUGUGUGUGCACAACAGUGAAAGGGAAUGACAGGAGGUGCUUUGAUGGAGUGUUCAUGCCCGCGACGGCGCAAAUCACCUUUUUUUUUUUACACCAACUUGCACGCAAAUGCAAAAAUACCAACACCCGGUCUAACCAGCAUCCAUCCAUGCAUAAGUACGCCCCUCGCCGAGUUUGUGCUUAUCAUGAAAAUAGAGCCCCGUAAGUCCACUUGCUCUUGUGCAAUACAAAAGGGACCACUUCUGAUUGAAACCGUGUUCCCGGCAUGCUUUUACGUCUGGGAAUUCCUACUCCUGAUAAAGUCACAUCCAGAGACCCCUUCAAAUCAAUGACAUGUAACCUGUAUAUCCGAUUAAGAACUAUAUUUACUUUGCUCCAGUCACAAGAAACCUUUGCGCUUGUUGAAAUGAAACUGCAUUAUACAGGAAAUCUUUUUCAGGAAGAAAAAAAAUGAAAAACUUUUGUAGCAAAUGACAAAUAAAAGGUUCGUUUCUUCUUUUUUUCCCCCUGGCCACCUUGUAACGCGGCACUGUUUCACGUCGAAAUGUCUUACAGUAAAAACUAAGUGUGUAAAUAGAUCAGCCUUCAUUCAGUGCAGUAGGUUGCCGACGUACCAUUGAGAAUAAAGUAUGCAGCGCCGCGCUGACUACUACCUCAUGA